AUGUCUCAAUUGUCUAGAUAGAUGAAGAAGAUCGGUAAUUACUAGCUAGGCGAUUUGCUAGGUAGAGGCUCGAUUGGUACUGUGUACAAAGGAUUGAAUUUGGAAUUAGUAAUAAACACACAAUAAUAGAGGGAACACUUGUGGCAAUAAAGCAAGUGUCAAGAGCCACACUGAAAGAAGAUCAGUAUAAAGCAUUACAACAAGAAAUCUACCUAUUGAAGAAGUUGAAACAUGAAAAUAUUGUGAAAUACAUUGAUUGUAUAGAGACUGAUCAAUUUCUGAAUAUUAUUCUUGAAUACAUCGAAAGUGGCAGUUUGGCAAGCAUUCUAAAGAAGUUUGGAUCAUUUCCAGAGUCUUUGGUAGCCAUUUAUGUUAAACAAGUAUUGAAAGGCUUGGAGUAUUUGCAUUAAUAAGGAAUUGUCCAUAGAGACAUAAAGGGUGCCAAUAUUUUGACUACCAAAGAUGGGUAAUUUUAAUAAUAAGAUAAUCAAGUACUGUUAAAUUGGCAGACUUCGGAGUGGCCACGACUUUGUCUGAAGAUACGACACAAAGCAAUAACAUAGUUGGUACUCCAUACUGGAUGGCACCUGAAGUAAUAGAAAUGUCAGGACAUCUAUCUACAUCCUGUGAUAUAUGGUCACUUGGAUGCACAGUCAUAGAGCUAUUGACAGGGAAUCCACCUUACUUCGAUAGAUUAUAAUAUGCUGCAAUGUUUUAAAUUGUCCAAAGAGAUUGUCCUCCCUUACCAGAAGGAAUCUCAAAUGAAUGCAGAGACUUUCUAAUUCAAUGUUUCCAAAAGGAUCCCACUUUAAGGGAUGAUGCCACUACUAUGCUCAAACAUCCAUGGAUCACUAAAAGUUGGCAUAUAGUUCAAGGACCUAAUCUACCUGAAGAAGUAACAAACACUAUACGAAAUCACAUUGUAGAUCAAUCUAAUUUUGGAACAUUUAUUACCGACUCAUUCAUUGAAUAAGUACCAUAAUUAGUUCAAUGUUAAUCGCCUAGAAAAAUAGAUAAAAGCAGUGCUGUGAGAGACUCUUAAUUGGAUUCACUCAGAUAGCUUAAACUAAGAACAAGUCAUCAAAUUAAAUAAAAUGGAUUUUGGGGCUAGAAUGAAGAUGGCAAAAGCAUGAGAGAAAUUAAUGAACUCAUCACUUAAUUAACAGAACAAAGUGACAAUUCUUAGAUUAUUAAAAUUUUAGAAUAGUUAAAGGAUACUAUUCCCAAUGAUAAAUGCAAAGAAUAUUUCAUUCAUACUGGUUUAACAUCUUUAUUGGAAAUUAUAGAGAAAUAUAUGCCAUUAUAUUGUGAAAAUAAUUCAUAAGAUUAAUCCUAAUCUUUAUAAAUUUUAAAAUUGAUAUUUGAAUUAAUAAAUAUUGUUGUUGAUUAGAAUCCUUAAUUAUUAGAAUUGUCAUGUUAUUUGGGAGCAGCUACAUUUUACCAAUAAAUCACUUCCUCUGAAUUUCAUAAAGAACUAAGAGUUGAAGCUGCCUAUUUUUUGGGAUAGUUAACCUACUUCAAGGAAGGAUUCCUUCUCUCAAUAGGAGGAUUGGAUAACCUCUUAGAAUUAAUUGAUACAUCAGACAUCUCUGAUAACAUUGACUUAAUUGGUUUAGCAUUAGACACAAUCAUAUUACUCUACGAUCUUAAUACUAUAAGUUAAAGAAAUCUUAGUAGACUGUUAACUAGCAAAUUCAUCACUUAUAGAUUAGUCCUUAUUGCUGAACAAAUUCAAAAUAUAGAUGUUAACUUAAUGAUCAAAUCAUUGAAUAUUCUAGUAAUCUUAGCAAAGUGCGAUGACAAAAUAGUUAAACAAUCCCUUUGCGAAAAAGAAGUUAUCACAAGAUUGGCCACUUUCCUUAAUUAAAAUUAGGAAUAAGCACUUCUAAAAACCAUAAAAAUAUUUAGAUAUCUCUCCACUGAACCCAAUCUGUAGCCACAUCUUGAUGGAUUCGCUAUCAUCCCUAGAGCCUUAACCCUGUUAAAGAAAGACUUACCAAGUUAAGGACCGAUGAUUGCGGAUAUUCUAAGAAUUAUAUUUUAUCUUACAAAACUGAAUCAUGAUAAAUAAGAAGAAUUGUGUCUUUAUGAAGGCGUUCCUUUAUUGCUAGAAUUAUUCAAAUUGCCAAGUGAAUAAGAAAACCAAAUCUCUAUGAAAAAGGCGGCUAUUAGCAUCUUAUGUUCAUUAGCUACAUCUUCUGAAAGAUGCAAAUAAAAAUUACAAGAAAAUGGAGGUAUUAGCAUUUAUGUUGGAUUAUUAACAACAAAUCUAAAUAUUACAAAGUUACUUGAUACAAUUGUUAAAUUAAUAGAAUUAGAUUAAACUCAACGUAUCCCUCUAAGUAAAAACAUUGACAUUCUUGUGGCAUAUUUUAAAAAUAACACUGUUCCCAUGUACCCAACACUAGUUAAAGUAUUACCAAAAGAAUUUGGACUUAGUAUAUUGUUUAGAAAAUAACUAUUGGAACUCUUGAUUCAGAAGGAUUAGAGUCAGUUGAACCUCAAACAUUUGUUACAAAUACUAUAUUAUCUAUUAGAGUCUGACUCAAUUAAAAUUAAAGACAUGUUUAAGAAUUCUAUUCUACAGUAAUUGAUAGAGCAGGAAGAGCAUGGUCUGGCAGUUUAAGGCAUUGUAAAGUAAAUUAAGGAAUUGA